AUGGAAGAGGAACUUAAAGUAGUACCAAUGAGUUUGAUGGUUAUAGGGGAACACCAUAUAGGAAAGUCUUGUUUGAUAUCACAAGUAUUAGAGGGGGGAUAUAAAGAGUCUGUACACUCAACGCUAGUCAAUGGAGUUGAUUUUGAUAUCAAACGAUUUUUGUGGGACCGAAGAAUUGUGAAUUUGACGACUUUUGAAGUGUGGAACAAUGGAUACUCAAAUAAAACUAUCGACACAUUUUGUAAAACCCGUCACCCACCUCUGUGUUUUAUAUGUUACGAUUGUAAGACGAUGAAACAUUUUGAUAACGUUGGCAACUGUUUUUCUUUGGUCAAUAAACACUUCACGUUGAACCAAAUUCAUUUGGUGGGUCUUCGUUAUGACACAAUUGAAGGAGACAUACACAUCUCACCAUUAAUAGGUGCUCAAAAAGCAGCUGAGCUCAAUAUUGCAUUCCAUUUGACAAGUGCAAAAACACGCGAAGGGAUAAGUGAUAUAGUGACUUUGUUUCAUCGCGCACGUGAAGAUGUUGUCGACAAAUUCGACUCAUCAACAAUUGCAAAGAACAAAGAAAAUGUUAUAAAAAUGAAGACUCAAGCACGUAAUGUUUGUAUGUUAAAUUGA